GUCACAAUAAUCCAUCUCUCUCUCUGAGCAAUUGUCUGGUAAUUUCAAAUGUACCAAACAAAGUCAAUGGUCGUCUCCAGACUGCUAUUCCCACCAUUAUUUUGAGCUAAUAUUCCUAACCCCAGGUCCCCAACUCUAAAAAUAGAGAAGAAGAACCCAGCGCCCCCUCCCUCUUUUUUUUUUUGGGCCUCUGUUCUGUUUCACCAUGAAACUUUCAGAGGAUCUAAGAGGCCAUAUACAAGGGUGUAGCUUAGUUCUGUUAACCAUAGUAAUAUUGUGUUGUGUUGCUGUGUCCUCAGCAGCAGUUGCCGAAGAUGAUGUCAAGUGUUUGCAGGGUGUGAAGGAAUCUCUCAGCGACCCUCAAGGUAAGCUCAGUUCAUGGUCUUUUUCAAACGUUUCAGUAGGGUCUUUAUGCAAAUUUGUGGGGGUUGCAUGCUGGAAUGACCGUGAGAAUCGUAUAUUCAGCCUCGAACUACCUGACAUGAAACUAUCUGGGGAGAUCCCUAAACCCUUGGAGUACUGUCAGAGUAUGCAAACUUUGGAUCUAUCAGGUAACCGUCUCUCUGGUAACAUCCCUUCUCAAAUUUGUACAUGGCUGCCUUAUUUAGUAACCCUGGAUCUGUCUAAUAAUGAUCUUUCCGGCACGAUCCCACCCGACCUUGCAAAUUGCUCUUUCUUGAAUAGUCUUUUACUGGCGGAUAAUCAAUUGUAUGGUGUAAUUCCGUCCCAAUUAUCAAGUUUGGGUCGCCUGAAGAAGUUUUCUGUGGCAAAUAAUCGUCUCACUGGUACAAUUCCUUCAGCUUUUGGGAAAUUUGAUAAGUCGGGUUUUGAUGGGAACAGUGGACUUUGUGGUAGGCCUCUUGGAUCCAAGUGUGGGGGGUUGAAUAAGAAGAGUCUUGCAAUCAUAAUUGCAGCUGGGGUUUUUGGUGCUGCCGCGUCCUUGUUGUUAGGAUUAGGGUUAUGGUGGUGGUUCUUUGCAAGGCUGAGGGGGCAGAGAAAGAGGAGAUAUGGAAUUGGAAGAGAUGAUCAUAGCAGCUGGACUGAGAGGUUGAGGGCUCACAAGCUUGUUCAAGUCACAUUAUUUCAGAAACCGAUUGUUAAAGUCAAGUUAGCGGAUUUGAUGGCAGCUACCAACAAUUUCCACCCUGAGAAUAUCAUUAACUCAACCAGGACAGGGACUAGUUACAAGGCAAUUCUUCCUGAUGGAUCUGCACUGGCAAUCAAGAGGCUCAACACCUGCAAUCUGGGUGAGAAGCAGUUUCGAUCCGAGAUGAAUCGAUUAGGGCAGUUCAGGCACCCGAAUUUGGCACCCCUUUUGGGAUUUUGUGCUGUGGAAGAAGAGAAGCUUUUGGUUUAUAAGUACAUGUCUAACGGGACUCUGUAUUCUCUGUUGCAUGGAAAUGGUACCCCAAUGGAUUGGGCAACUAGAUUCAGGAUUGGUUUGGGGGCUGCCAGAGGUCUUGCUUGGCUUCACCAUGGCUGCCAACCACCACUCCUGCAUGAAAACAUAAGCUCGAAUGUGAUUCUCAUUGAUGAUGACUUUGAUGCUAGGAUAGUGGAUUUUGGAUUGGCCAGGCUCAUGGCAACUUCUGACUCCCAUGGGAGUAGUUUUGUCAAUGGAGGAUUGGGAGAAUUUGGUUAUGUUGCUCCAGAGUACUCGAGCACAAUGGUUGCUUCACUGAAAGGAGAUGUAUAUGGAUUUGGGGUUGUGCUUCUGGAAUUGGUGACUGGGCAGAAGCCCCUUGAAGUCACUAAUGCUGAAGAAGGAUUCAAGGGCAAUUUAGUGGAGUGGGUAAAUCAGCUCUGUGGCUCUGGCCGAAACAAGGAUGUAAUUGAUGAGGCUCUCUGCGGAAAGGGCCACGACGAAGAAAUUCUGCAGUUUCUGAAAAUUGCAUGCAACUGUCUGGGUCCUAGGCCGAAGGACAGGUUGUCCAUGUACCAGGCUUUUGAAUCAUUGAAGAGCAUGGGAGACCACCAUGGUUUCUCUGAACACUAUGAUGAAUUUCCUCUGAUUUUUGGGAAGCAAGAUCAUGAUAAUCAAGCGUAGCUUUGAAGCAGGAAUGGGAGGGGCAGAGCAUUCUAAAUGACUCAAAUCAAAACACAACCAUAUCAAGUUUCUGCAUUUCAUGGUAAGUUCUUGAAGGCUUUUGAUGUAAAUGUUGUGAUUCCAUUAAAACAUUUUCCCAUUUUGUCGGAUUUAGCUGUAUGAUACAAUAAAAAAACAUCUUUAUAUGUAGUUUUUAAGCGUUUCAGGAAACAACCCAACCCUCUGGGCUCCGAGACUCCUUCAUGUUUGUAAUAUGCUCCUCCCUUUGUAGCCUUUAGAAAUUUUGCAUUUAAGCACUACCACAGAAGCAGUGGGUGUUGUGUUAUUAUAUUUUGCUUCUGCUCUGCAAAA